AACACGAUCGAAACACCAAACCCGGAAGUCAACAAUCGCCGCUAGGCACUGCCCGGAGCUACACCGAUACCGUCACCAACCCUGAGGAUGUCACACGACGAAACACCUCACCGCCGUGCGCGGUCAACCUCCCGAUCCCGCCCAACGACGCCCCUGCGGCCGUCAUCCCGCUCCUCGUUCCGCGACUCGGCCCGCAACAGCGUGCAAGGCGAUGCCGCCUCCUUCCCGCUCAACACCUUCGAGCCAGCCUUUGCCGAACUGUCGGAUGCCGUCGCCGACCUCGAGGCCAAUAUGAUGCACUUCCAGCUGAUGCACGAGAGCUUGGCGCGGUUCAGCGAGAGCUUUGCAAGCUUUCUGUACGGAUUAAACAUGAAUGCUUUCUGUGUUGAUUUCCCGGAGGGUCCGAUGACGGAAUCAUUUAAGCGGAUGAAGUUGAAAGAAGAGGAGCAGCAGCAGCAGCAGAACACCACGAGGAUUCCUGAACGGACCACUGGCGAGAUUGAUACCGAGGCGACAUUCAUGACAACGGACACCUCGUUUGUUGAAAACCCCCCAUCAACACGGUCAUCACAUAAAUACCAGACCCCAGCCAGGAACCGCCAAUCCCGAGUUCCAGCCCCGCCCACGUCCACCAGAGGCACAACAUCCACAAGAGGAACGGCGAGAGGUGGGCGGGGAGGUAUCGGCGGGCCGCGGCCCAGUGGACUUGCGAGAGCGAGGGGUCGUGGAAUCAGGUGAGGAACCGGAACUCUCGACGCGUUUCUCAACGCAUUUCAAUCACGGUUUAACGCUAUCGGUGGAACGACGACAUGUCUAUCAACAAGCCGCAAACUGCAAGAAGACCGGAGGCUCCCUUUC